CAUGUCACUGUGAAGUCAGACCUGCAGACCAACAGCAGUGUAGCCAUGAGCCAGACAGCUGAGGAGCUGCUAAUCAUCUAUGAGAGCGAGGCAGAGCAGUGGGCCACCUACCUGCAGUCAGUCUUCAGUGGUGCCCUCUCUGAGGCUGGGAUCUGCUGCUAUGACAUUUCAACAGUGUCCAGCCAGAGAGACGACUUCCUCGUGCUGGCCCAGUACACUUGCAAGCUCCUGAUCCUUUCCAAAGGCAUGCUGGAGGGUCUGUGCCAGAUGCGACGCUUCUUCCUGGCCCGUGUGUUGAGUCCUUCAGACCAUGUGGUGGUGCUGCUGUGUGGGGUGAAGAGUCUGAGCCCACUGCUGGAGCUAGUGCCCCUGAACGGUGAUGAGUGCCUGCAGAUCUCCAGUGACCAAGACGCUCAUGAGUACCUAGCCUCUGUGACUGGCAUUGUCAGAAAAGUGUCAGCCACAGCAGCAAAUGCCAACCCCCUGACACACAGACCAUCAGGAUCAGAGCAAAAGAUGGAACGACUGCAUUCAAACGGAGCCCAGAGCAUCAGGUCCAGCACUGUGGCCGUUCCUUCCCGAGUCCAAUGCAGGAGCUCCACAGAGGUGUUCAUACUUUUGAAAAAGGAGGCGGCUGGGAGCAACACUGAAGUGGAGUUCACCAGCGAGAAUCACACUCUGAGAGUGAAGCCUGUCGGCUGGAACCAGCAGACCCUGUGUGUUAACGCACCAGAUUUUCCAGCAGGGAAUGUGAGAGUGACUGUGUAUAGUAACGGGGUGCCGCUGGGCAAGGCACAGCUGCAAUACUACAGCAGCAUGGAGGAGGUCGCCUGCCUCCUGUCAAGGGCAGCGGACCCUGUAGACUUCAUGUGUCAGGCUCUGCGGGUGUCUUCUGUGGAGCAGCUGGAUCAGAAGCUGUACUCCAUGUUUUUAAAGAGAAUGCCCACUGGAGGCUUUCAGGGACUGCACUAUGAAAACACACAUGAGACAGAGCGCCACCACGCAGAUAUACCAUCACUCCUCCACUUUGCUGCCCAGUUUGGAUUCAGAAGUGUCUCCAAACUGCUGCUGCAGUGUCCAGGUGCUGAGCGAGCACUGCACACAGCCAACCGCCACGGACAGACCCCCGCCGAGGUUGCCCAGAGUCACGGCCACACAGAGCUUCACGUCUUACUGAAGGAAACACUGAAAAUGCUCAGCUCCAAGGACAGCGGUGAAGCCGGAGUAUAUGAAAUGAUGUGCACAGCAGGGAGUCCUUCCACCGCAGACGUACAGAAAGAGCAACAAGGAGAGGGGGGAGGGGAGGAGGAUCUCUACACAGUACUGGGGGUGAACGAUGAACGUGAUACCAUCCUGAACUCAACAAAGGCUGUGGUUAUUGCCAAUCGCCCACCAGCACCCACCCCCCGGCCUGAGAGCAGCCAGGUGAAGGAGGCCAAAACCCCUUACAUCGCUCAAGUGUUCCAGAAGAAGAAGACACCACAGGGAGACGAUGUGUAUUCACUUGCCACAAAAGAAGCCGAUGGGCGAAAAGACAGCAUCUCUUCCACCUAUGACACCGUUGGGCCAAACCAGUUGCACACGCUUCAGCAGCUCACUGAGGCAGGUUCGCUCUCUGUGGACGAGGCCCUGGAGCGUUUCAGCAACGGGCAGGGACGUCAGAGGGGCAGGGACGUCCUCCAGCAGGAGAUGCUGAGUCAGCCGCCAGCCAGCCUCAUCAACAACGGAGGCGACGGCGACGGUGUCUAUGAUAAAAUCAGCGCCGCUCGUCACACGCCAAGCGUUUCAGGGAAUGACAGCCGAAGAGGCAGCCGAGCGGCAGAGUCUGACUUUUACAGCAAGCCACUUAGAGAACAGCAUUCACAUUUCUUGUGGAAAGCUGACAAACAGUGAAGGGAAGAAUGAAAACAACCGGUGAAUCCAGAUUUACUCGAGCUCAUCAGCUGUGUCACCUUUUCCAGAUCUACACGCUCCGUCACUCCACAAAGCUUCAGCUCUGCCAGUGUCUCAUCUGUGUAAAUACACCAGUAUUUGCUUUUAAUUGUUAUUAGAUUUGCUUUGUAAAUAGAGAUGAAACAUUCCUCUACUAUAGAGCACAAAACGCCCAUUUUCAGCAUCAGUUCCAUCUCAAUUUUGCCAAGUGUACUUUG